AUGCAAGCCCUUCUCGUCCUCGACAAUGCCCCUGCUGACCCACCAAAUCUCGAAGAUGAUUUACUCGAAGAGUUCAAGUUUAUAAAUGUUCUCUACCUACCACCCACCACCACUCCUAUCCUGCAGCCCAUGGAUCAGCAGGUGAUUUCUAAUUUUAAGAAGUUGUACACCAAGCACAUUUUUCGGCGCUGCUUUGAGGUGACGGAGAACACAAACCUUACCCUUCGAGAGUUCUGGAAGGACCACUUUAACAUCGUGAUAUGCCUAAGAAUUAUUGAUCAGGCCUGGCUGGGUGUUACAACGAGGACCUUAACCUCUGCAUGGAAGAAGCUGUGGCCUGAGGCUGUAGCUGAAAGGGCCUUCGAAGGAUUGGAACCCGAAGUGUCAGUGGUAGAGGAGAUUGUUUCUCUGGGAAAAUCCAUGGGUCUGGAGGUGGAUGAGAGAGAUGUGAACGAACUAGUCGAGGAACAGUCUCAGGAGCUGACAACCGAGGAGUUACACGAUCUACAUUCGCAGCAGCAUACGGUGGUUCAACGAAAAAUGAGUUUUGAAGAGGAGCCAGAGAUGGAGGAGGUUAUCUCUACAAGAGAUAUAAAGGAGAUCUUGGGAAUGUGGGAGAAAGUUGUAGAGUUCGUGGAUAAAAAUCACCCCGAAAAAGUUGCAACUGGUCGUGCAUCGGAGUUGUUCAACGAAACUUGCCUAACUCAUUUCCGCAAUAUCCUGAAAGGGAGGAAGAAACAAACCUCCUUGGACAGAUUUUUUAAACGAUCUGCAGGUGAAAAUGAGCCAAGCGUGACGAAAAAAGCGAAGAACAGUGAUGAAAAUUAA